UCCCCAUUGUGCACUUCGUGGGAGUUUAAUAAGGGCUAGCCUAGUUACUUGGUGCAAUAACUACUCAGUACACCUGUGCAGAGAACUCAGACCACAUAUCCCAGAAUUCUACGGGUUCCGGACCUUGAGUUUCCCUGAGACUUCAUUUCCCAGAGUCCAUCGGCAAGCCAAGUGCAUCCGUGUAAUGAGUCACGUCCAAUCAAAUUCGUACUGACCGACUCGGUCGAAUCCUGAAGGAUUCCGGGAAUCGUAGUUUAGUCCUUCUGCGCAGGCGCAGUCCAGAGUGGGGCGUGGUUUUCUCUUCCUCCUAGUGCGUAGAGCUACGUUGGGCGGGCGGCAGUUUUCUCUUCUCAAGAAUCUUGUCUUCUCUGCCAAAGGAAAGUCAAGGAAGAGGAAGAGAAAAUGAUUUCUGGGCUUCUGAUAGCUGAGUCCCAGAAAGCACUGACCUUCCAAGAUGUGGCUGUAGAAUUCACCCCAGAGGAAUGGGGAUUGUUGGAACCUGCUCAGAAGGACAUGCACAGAGAUGUGAUGUUGGAAAACUAUGAGAACUUCGUCUUCCUUGAUCUUCCAGUUCCCAAACCAACAUUAAUCUUCCAUUUGGAGAGAAGAGAAACACUAUGGCUAUCAGCAGAAGAUAUCAUAAGAUAUACCUGCCCAGAUUUCCUUGUACAGAAGACAAAUUGUGAAACCAUAGAGUCAUCUCCAAAGCAACAUAUUUCUAUGGAAGAAUCAUUCAAAGAAAGACUCAAAAAGAAUAGUCCCUGGGAUUCUAAAUUGGAAGAUGUUUGGGAUUAUGAUAUCAAAUUAGAGAGGCAAAACAAAAAUCAAGAGAGAUCAUCCAGACAAUUAAGAAUCAUUCACAGGAAUACUUUUAAUGAGUUAAAUACUAAUGAAUAUGAUACAUAUGGGGAAAAAGUCAAUCUAGGGUCAAAUGUUAUUCCACAACAGAAAGUUACUAUAGGAAAAUGUUUACAAAAAUAUGAUAUACUUGGAAACAGUGUCAGACUGUGUUCAGACUUAAUUAAGUAUAAUACAACUUCCUUGGGGAAGAAAUUUCCUAAGUACAAUAAUUGCAGGAAAUCUUUUAUUUACCAUUCAAAUCUUAUUCAUUAUCAUAGACUACAUACACGAGGAAAAGAUUCUAAGUAUAAUCAAAGUAGCAAAGAUUUCAGCAUCAACUCCUCACACCCUUCUGUACAUCAAAAAAUAAAUAUAAGAGAAACCCCUUACAAAUGCAAUGAAUGUGGGAAAGCCUUCAAGCAGAAGAAAUACCUAAAAACACACAAGAUAAUUCAUAUUGGAGAGAAAUCUUUUGGAUGUAAAGACUGUGGAAAAGCCUUUAGCAAUAAUCACAGCCUGUCUCAACAUCAAAUAAUUCAUAGUGUAAAGAAACCAUUUGAAUGUAAUGAAUGUGGUAAGGCUUUCAGUAGCAAACGAUACCUUAUUGAACAUAAAACAGCUCAUACAGGAGAGAAACCUUAUAAAUGUAAUGAAUGUGAAAAAGCCUUCAGCUGGCAUGCAAGCCUCUAUGUACAUAAGAGAGUUCAUACUGGAGAGAAGCCCUUUGAAUGUAAGGAAUGUGGAAAAGCCUUCAGCAAGAAAGUAUAUCUUAUUAGACAUAAGGUAAUUCAUACUGGAGAGAAGCCCUUUGAAUGUAAUGCAUGUAGGAAAGCUUUUAGGCACUAUUCUUCCCUUAUGCAACAUCAAAAAAUUCAUACAGGGGAGAAACCCCAUAAAUGUAAUGAAUGUGAAAGAGCCUUCAGACAAAAGGCACACCUUGAAAUUCAUAAGAGAAUUCAUAAUGGAGAAAAGCCCUUUAAAUGUAAUGAAUGUGGGAAAGCCUUCAGGAACAAAGUAUACCUUAAUACACAUCAAGUAAUUCAUACUGGAGAGAAACCCUAUAAAUGUAAUGAAUGUGGGCGAGCCUUCAGGCGGAAGGCACAUUUAGAAACACAUAAGAUAAUCCAUACAGGAGAGAAGCCUUUUGGAUGUAAUGAAUGUGGGAAAGCCUUCAGCAGUAAUCACCACCUAAAUCAGCAUCAAACAAUUCAUACUGGAGAGAAACCUUACAAAUGUAAUGAAUGUGGGAAAGCUUUUAGCAGUAAUCACUACCUAAUUCAACAUCAAACAAUUCAUACUGGAGAGAAACCUUAUAAAUGUAAUGAAUGUGGAAAAGCUUUCAGCACAAUUGCCAGACUUCAAACACAUAAGUUAGUUCAUCCUGGAGAGAAGCAUUUUGAAUGUGGUGAAUGUGGGAAAGGCUUCAGGUACAAAUCAGGUCUUAUACGACAUCAAAGGACUCAUACUGAAGAGAAACCCUAUAAAUGUAAUGAAUGUGGGAAAGUCUUCAAGCGGAGCUCAUCUCUUAUGCAGCAUGAGAUAAUUCAUACUGGAGAGAAGCCCUAUAAAUGUGAUGGAUGUGGGAAAGCCUUUAGUCGGAAAGGAAACCUUGAAAUACAUAGGAGAAUCCAUACUGGGGAGAAACCUUACAUAUGUAAUGAAUGUGGAAAAGCCUUUAGGCAUAAAGGAAGCUUUAAUGCACAUAUGAAAAUGUAUACUGGAAAGAAACAUUUUGAAUGUAAUGAAAGUGGAACAGCCUAAAUAAAGACCAAAUUGCUACACAGAAUUCAUAGGACAUAAAUAUUCAUUAAAUAUAUAGAACUUGAGAAAAAAUUGCAUUGCAAAAAAUCAUGGAAUUUAUACUAAAGAGAAACCCAAUGAAUGUGGCUUGGUCUUUAGCUAGAAUGUAAACCUUACUGAAAACUUAUACUUGAAAGAAAUAUUUUUAGUGUAAUGAAUGCAGGAACAUUCCCAAAUGAUGGAGAAACUUUAAGGAAUGUUAGAAUUCAUGCUGGAAAGAAACUUUCUAAAUGUAAGAAAUUUGGGAUAGCCUUUAGGAAAAAAAAAAGCAAAGCUUCAUGUUGAAGGGAAACACUUCAAAUGAAGUUGAGUGCUCAAACUUUCAAAUAAAAUAGAAAGAUUAAAGACAAUAAGAGAAUACAUUUCAAAGCGAAGUCUUUUUUGAAUGUAAUGAAUGUGAGAAUACUUCUAGACUUAGACAAAUCUUUAUUACAUAUAAGAAAAUUCUUACUGUAGAAAAUGUGUUUAUUUUAUUUUGAUUGUUAAUAUUUGAGUGUUUGGGAAAGCCUUCUACAGGGAAUCUCUUAGAAGAUACUAUUGAGUAUCUCAAAUGUUUUUAAUAUACUUUGAAGCUCAUGAAAGAUAGCAUAUUGCAGAGAGGUUUUUUGUGUAGUUGUUUUUGGAUAAAAGCAUUCUGUAAAAAGUUUACAGAAUUUCAAGAUGGUAAGGAAUUGUAGGAACACAAAUACUCCAACUUAUACUUGAAAAAAAAAAUCCCUUCUACAGUAUUACCAAAUUAUAACCUGAUCUUUGAACGCCUCUAACUGGGGCAUAUUUCCCUUAUCAUGGUCUGCCAUGGGAACUUUAGAGUAUUUAUUGUGCAAUUCCAGCAGUAAGAAACAUUAGUUACAGUCCAGUGGUUAAGGGCUACUUGAGUUUAUGGCAAGACCUAGAAGACUGCUUAGUGAUCAUCUAGUCCAAUUUGAUUCACUUUAGUUUUCUAUUGGAUUAUCCACACAUAAUUUUACGUUUUAAAAAAAUUUAGUACCCUAUUUCAACCCAACAAGCAUUAAACACCUAUAUGUAUUUUAUUGUUUAUCAUUGGAAAUAAAAAGAAAAAAAAUGAAA